ACGUCACACGCAUGUCGAUAUAUUAGCGUAUCGAGUUCUAGCACCUGUAGCGAUUUCACGGAACUAUCCGAGGAUUCGACACCGAAAAAACCUACACACACUCUGGAACUCGAUUCCAAAGAGAAAUCAACACACUUCGACAGAAGACAUUCGACUCAGUCUUACAAGCUGACAAUCAAUCCUUCUGAACAAACAAUCAUUCUGUUGAAUUCUGCGCCCAGGCAUCAAGAUGAGAACAUCAAAAUCACCCAGGUAUCGGAAUACGAUGAUGAGUCUUUCAAAGAUCAGUGCCUUGAUAGCGAUGUUACCAGGAAUGGGCAGUACGUCGUAGAGAAUGGUUUCUCUCCCAAUACAAGAGGUGAGGACAAUGGUGGAUACGUGACUCUGGAAUCUGAAACUGGAAGUUUACACGAACAUCCGUCAAGGAGGAAAAGAAAAAAAUCCAAGACAGCUCAGGGCACAACAUUGUGUAUAGAGUCGCUUCCCAUGACAGAGAAAAGGAAAACCGUUCUCUUCUACGACAAGGACGAGAACGAGGAGCGAGGCAACUGGGCGGGGGCGUGUGACUUCAACAUGUCCGUCCUGGGGUUCGCUCUGGGCCUGGACAACAUCUGGAGGUUCCCUUAUCUGACGUACAGAAACGGUGGUGGAACUUUCCUGUUCCUGUACCUUGUACUAAUGGUCCUUGUGGGGAUUCCCCUUUUCUUGAUGGAAGCCUCGCUCGGCCAGUUCACCAGCUGUGGGGUGACCACUUGCUGGAAAUUCGCCCCUUUAUUUAAAGGUGUCGGUAUAUCGAUGGUCGUCGUGUCGGCACUAACAGGCGUGUACUACAACAUGAUCGUCGGCUGGACCUUUCGCUACCUGUUCGCGUCGUUCAACAGCGACCUGCCUUACCUGCACUGCGAUAACAACUGGAACACCCGUGAUUGCCGGCUGAAGCUUCCAAAGAUGGUUUGUGAGGAUGACGUCAAAUUCGAUGACGGACUCUGUAAAGACCUCAACGGCAAGGAGAUAGGAAUCUGGAAUAAAACCCUGUUCCAUGAGGUCACAGGUCGAACCCUGAUGUCACCUGCACAGGAGUACUGGGAAAUUUCGGUGCUAGAAUCCAGUGCCAGCAUAGAAAUCUUCGGCUCCCCCAAGUGGGACCUGGUCCUGUGUCUGCUACUUGCAUGGGUCAUCUGCUUCUUCUGCCUCAUCAAGGGCAUCAAGAGUGCUGGGAAGGUCGUCUACUUCACCACCGUCUGCCCUCUCAUCCUCCUCGUCAUCCUCUUCAUCCGUGGCCUGACCUUGACCCACGCCUCCUACGGCAUUUAUUUCUUCAUCACGCCUGAUUGGAGCAAGCUUGGUGACGUCACGGUCUGGAAGGACGCCAUCAACCAUGUCUUGUUUUCUCUGGGUGUGGCCAGUGGUAGCCUCAUAUCUCUUUCCAGCUACAACAGGUUCCACAACAACAUCGUCAGGGACGCUCUGAUCAUAUCUGUGGGUGACUGUGUGACGUGUAUCCUGGGAGGGUUCGUCAUCUUCUCCUACAUGGGCUACAUGGCCGGUCAGCAGAACGCCAGCAUAGAGGACGUCUCCGUGGACGGUGUAGGUCUAGCUUUUGCCAUGUACCCAGACGCUAUAUCAAGUCUUCCGCCCCCAACAUUGUGGGCUAUUUUCUUCUUUCUUAUGUUGGUCACGCUAGGCAUCGAUUCACAGUUUGUUAUCAUAGAGACGGUGCUGACUGGGUUUGUCGACCAGUUCCCCAAGAUGCGACAUAAGAAGAUUCCCAUCAUCUCCUCCAUAUGUGCCAUCUCCUUCCUGCUGGGGCUUCCAUUAACGUGUCCGGCUGGUAUCUACCUGGUCCAACUGAUGGACAAUUACGUCAGCGGCAUGACGUUGUUUAUUAUAGCAGCAUUUGAACUGGUCGGUCUCAUGUAUAUCUACGGUGUCAACAGGUUUUGUCUGGACAUCACCCUCAUGACAGGCAUCAGGACGUGGAUAUUCUGGAAGAUCUCCUGGUGCGUCAUCAGUCCACUGACCAUUGCUUUCAUAUUCCUCUACAUCUUCAUCGACUACGAAGGCUCGACCUACGACGAUUACACCUACCCCCACUGGGCCGACAUCAUGGGGUGGAUGAUGACGGUGGUGGGGGUCGUCGCCAUCCCCAUCGUCAUGGCCUACAAGAUCUCCAUCGAGAGGCGCCGGAAGCGCAUCUGGCAGAAAAUCGCCUUCCUGUGUAAGCCGUCAAGACACUGGGGACCAGCACUGCGGGUACACCGAGCCCUGGUGACGUAUGUGGAGGGAUUUAUUGUCGACCCUCCCAAGAAACGGAGGAAGAGGUUCGUCCUCAGGCGACUCUUUGCUCCACAGACCCAUCCAGAUGGCCAGGAUGAGCGUGGCGCCGCCUUGGUAGCCGUCCCCAUAGCCGUCGUAUCCACGGUCUGGGGACCGAAUCCAAACUCUCAACAAGACGCCAGCACUACAGAACUGAACCAUCUUCCUCAAGACAUAGAAGCCAAAGAAGAAUCAAGUUUAUAA